AUGCCCAGCACACCCGCCCCCGCUCCCCCAGUCUCCUCGAGUCCAUGCCCAGCACACCCGCCCCCGCUCCCCCAGUCUCCUCGAGUCCAUGCCCAGCACACCCGCCCCCGCUCCCCCAGUCUCCUCGAGUCCAUGCCCAGCACACCCGCCCCCGCUCCCCCAGUCUCCUCGAGUCCAUGCCCAGCACACCCGCCCCCGCUCCCCCAGUCUCCUCGAGUCCAUGCCCAGCACACCCGCCCCCGCUCCCCCAGUCUCCUCGAGUCCAUGCCCAGCACACCCGCCCCCGCUCCCCCAGUCUCCUCGAGUCCAUGCCCAGCACACCCGCCCCCGCUCCCCCAGUCUCCUCGAGUCCAUGCCCAGCACACCCGCCCCCGCUCCCCCAGUCUCCUCGAGUCCAUGCCCAGCACACCCCGCCCCCGCUCCCCCAGUCUCCUCGAGUCCAUGCCCAGCACACCCGCCCCCGCUCCACCAGUCUCCUCAAGUCCAUGCCCAGCACACCCGCCCUCGCUCCCCCAGUCUCCUCGAGUCCAUGCCCAGCACACCCGCCCCCGCUCCUCGCGUUCCUCUCUCUCGUCUGGCAUCAAAAGCGGCGCCACGUCGCCUCCUCGUCACUUGAUACUCGUGUCCGUGGCGACCUUCCCGCGGCACUCGGGCAGCACUCAAGUCGCGGGCCUGAGUGAUGCUCAGCUUACUCCAGUCCUCUUCCAUGGCACUCCGCCCUCUUCAUCUGCGCUCCUUGCUUGCUUCUUCAAGCCAUUGGCCCGCCUCUUUCCGCUCGGCUGCGUGGGAUAUGGCCGUGACUCAGUAUGGCACUUGCGUCCCGUCACGCCGUAUCAGCGGCACUUCAUGACAAGUUCUAACACAAGUGUGUUGAGCUUUGGUGGUCCGACAGUUAAUCGAAUGUAA